AUGUACGAGAAUGCGCGGAGUAGCUUACGGGUUGGUGAUGGUCUCACCGAUGAGUUUGAGGUGAAGGUCGGUGUACAUCAGGGAUCUGUGCUUAGCCCACUGCUCUUUAUCAUCGUCCUUGAGGCCCUGUCAUGUGAGUUUCGAGCAGGAGUGCCCUGGGAGGACCUUUAUGCCGAUGACCUUGUCAUCAUUUCAAAUUCCCUGGAAGAAUGUGUCAGGAGACUGUUGACCUGGAAGGAGGCAAUGGAGAGGAAGGGACUCAGAGUCAAUGCCAAGAAAAUCAUGAUCUGUGGCACAGGCUUGGAUCUUCUGCAGAGCUCGGGCGAAUUCCCAUGUGCCGUGUGCCGUACCGGUGUAGGCAGCAACAGUAUACACUGCAAGGGAUAUGGGAGGCCACAGAAGGAAGUUCAGGUUGGAACAGACAAGCUAGAGGUAGUAGUUUCUUUCUGCUACUUGGGUGACAUGCUGUCUGCGGCUGGAGGAUGUGUGCUCUCAACGAUCACUCAUGUGAAGACGGCCUGGAAUAAAUUCAGGGAACUGCUGCCUGUCCUCUCUUCCCGUCAUCUUUCCUAUAAGACCUGUGGCAGUUUGUACAGCACAUAUGUGCGUAGCGCGAUGCUGUAUGCAAGUGAGACGUGGCCCUUGCCAAAACCAGACCUCCUUCGCCUACGACGAAAUGACAGAGCUAUGGUCAGACAGAUUUGCAGGGUAAAGCCAGAAGACAUGGCUAGUGUCAGAUCAAGCGAGCUACUGGCACGACUUGGGAUCGAUGACCUCGAUGCUAUCCUGCGGGAGAAGAGGCUACGCUGGUUUGGGCACGUUGCUAGAUCCAGUGGCGCAAUCAAUAAUGUCUUUAAUAUGAAAAAAGAGGGAGGAUGA